AUGCAGAGCACUCACGAGAUUAUACGCCGUCGUGCCUCUGUGGUUGAGCGUCCGCCGGCGGACCCCCCGGCCACCACGACCACCACGGCUUUUACACCGCAACCUGCCGCCACCCCGAGAUCCUCAUAUUUCAAGCCUUCAGAAGCCCAAAUGGAGACUUUGAUCGCAGAGAUGGAGACCACAGAGGCAGUGACGCCUCCUCCGCCUACGCCAUCAACCCAAGAACGUUUCUCGCGCGCGUCACGUUCUGGUUCGAACGCAUCGCGCAACACGAACCGACUCUCACUCACCCUUCCCAUUGCACCACCAACCAGCGAUCCUUCUCGCCCAGCUUCCGUCGCGACGACAUCUUACCCCCCGACGCCUGUCGACAGCUCGACCAUCACAUCACCCUCAGAUCCCAAUGACUUCAUCAUUGCGAUAGCAGCGCAAGAGCGACGUGUCUUGGAGAUUCGCGAAGAACUGGCCCGCGCCGAGGGUGAGCUGACGAGACUGAAGCAACAGUGGACUAUCCAAGGCGGUCAACGAAAGAGGGAGAUUCGUAAUGAGCCAAUGCGUCCCUUGGCACCUCAGUUUGAGCCAUCAUUACUGGAUGAUGACGAGGCAGGCUUGAAACGAAGCGUUGAAUUGGAUAGGAGGAAAUCGCUCUUGAGAGAUUUGCAGGGACAGACUGGGCCCAGAGAAUAUCGACGAAGAGUCCUCCGUGGCGGGCACACGAGGACCCUCUCACUACUGUCACCGACCAAGCCGGAGGGCUUUGCUGUGCAUGAGGAUACCGCAAGUCUGGGAUCGCCAGAGAUCCGUUCACCGCUUAUGCUGUCCCACGCUGCGCUUUCCAAGAGAGCAUCAUGGCAGCCGCGCUCAUACAACACAGCUGUUCCCCCUGUCGCGAAGCAAAUGGCACAGGACUUUAGGCUAGGCCUGUGGAGCUUCAUGGAGGAUAUCCGACAAGCCACAGUCGGUGAUGAGCCCAUCAAUGGCGUUCCCGGACGCCCAGGCUCAACGGACCCUCAUGGCAGAAGAUCGUAUGCUGGCGACCAGGAGACCAUCAAGGCCAACAGCUCUUCUCGCAACAGGGUCCCGGUGAAUUCUGCCUUUGACUUGCCGCCGAUGGACACGCCUAGCAAGCCGUCCAAGGCGUUGCAGGAAAGGCCGAACCCUAAGCCUGCAACCAAGUCCACAACGACGAAGGCCAAGCACUUCUCAUGGACCCCGUUGACUUUCGACUCCUUCGAUGACAACGACUGGUCCAACUGGGACUCGCCUCAGCCGUCCUCGGCCAAGCCAGCACGCUGGAGUGGAUCGACCGUUGGUGGAGCAGAGGACCUCGCGUCAAUGACCGAGACCAACGACGAGAAUGUGACUCCACUUAAGAAGAAGUCGUCCAUCACCAUUGACACAUCGGCUGCGCGGCCCGAGCCUCGACCUGAGUCAGCCCUCUUGUCUCCCGCAAGGCUGGAGGAGCUUCUGCCAACCGUCGUCAAUAAGCUGUCACCCGGCAAUCUCAAGCGAACAGCCAACAACCUCAUGGACGAGUGGGAGAAGAGUCUGAAAGAGCAAGACGAAGAGGAGCAGCUCAUUGACUUCAAGGAGACCACGGCUUGA